CUCGCGCACAAACGUAUAGAGUCGCUUUUCAGAAGUAAACAAUUCUAAGUCUUUUGCAUGUCAUUCAUUGCAUCACAUUUGCCAUAAUUACGUCCAACUGCGAGUGUUCAUCCGUAGAUGCGAUCGACGGUAAUUCGGGUGGGAUGCAUAGGGCGGCGAAAAAGUAGGGCAAAUCAGGCUAUGACAUCGGAAUGAUAUCGCGACAUGUUCGUUGUCAACCGGUUUUGGUUCGGACUACACCGUAACGUUGGAAGUGUAGAUUUGUGAACAUUUUUAGCUGUAUAUUUUCUCGUAUUUUUGUAAUUUUCUCUUCAUAUUUCUUCAAAUUUUGGGUUAUAAUAAUGUUGUCAGUCGUAGCAGAUGUGAGUGAUAUCGUGUUUGAUGUGGAAGCUGCCCUCUCACAGCAACUGGGCACGCAACCUUUGCCAUUCCCUGGCAUGGAUAGUGAGUGACAUUUUGUGUUUUAAAAUACUUGUUUGUUGACUUUAUCUAGUCUGGAAUAUGUUGUGGGAUAGUUUGAAGAACAUACAAUGAAGUCUGCAGUUGAUUGUUGUACAUGCAUUAGACUGUUUAGUUAAAAUUACAUCUUAUGUAUAACAGUAUAGGUUUAGUUUGCACUCCAGUUUUCAUAAUUGGCGAGAUCAGAGUUGCAGAUAAAAUCAUUGUUGAUUGUCCUCAUAUAUUGCAUGUAACACUGUUUAUAGCAGUGUUUGUGUUGACAAACAUGUAAGUUUCUUGCGAGAAAAUACAAUAUUUUUAUCUGUGACUGUUCAUCGUAAUAUGCAAAUGAUGGUACCAUGUUCUAACAACCCAACCAUUGAGAUUCGACUCUCUAACCACACAUCAUUUUUCAUAGAAUCUGGUGCUGCAGUAUGCGAAUUCUUCCUGAAGAACAACUGCAUUCGUGGCAGUUACUGCCCAUUUCGACACACAAAGGGAGAAAAAACAAUUGUUUGUAAACAUUGGUUGAGAGGCUUAUGUAAGAAAGGGGACCAAUGUGAAUUUCUUCACGAAUAUGACAUGUCGAAGAUGCCUGAGUGUUAUUUUUAUACAAAAUUUGGUAAGUGAUAUUACUUGAAUAGAUAGCUUUAUCACUUUAGAAUUGUUCUGUUACAGAGGUUGCUUCAUGGCCGAGUUACUCAUUUUCAAUACCAGUACCACAAUCAUGCAAAAACUCUAAUAGUGUACAGGUAUUAACCCAUUGAGUGGCAGCAUGCUCUCCUUGAUGGGCAAAAUUGUCUGGCGUUAGACAGAUUAAAAUAAUAAAGUAGCUAGGGUACAUCAGGGUGCAUUGCCACUUAAAGGGUUAAUCAACAGGAUGCAUGGGCAAAAUAAUAAUGUAAUGGCACAUCAGGGUGCAUUUCACUUAAAGGGUUAGUGUAUCAACAUUCUAUUAUAAAAUAUGUUUUCUUCAGGUGAAUGUAUGAACAAAGAAUGUCAGUAUCUUCAUGUUGAUCCUGAGUCAAGAAUCCGAGAUUGUCCCUGGUAUGAUAGAGGAUUUUGUAAACAUGGUAUGUAAAGCCUUAGUCCAUAAUAUUUAUGUAUAUCUCUUUGUUUAUGAAUAAUACCAAAUUUUAGCAGACCUUGUGUAGUUAUAAUGUAGUCAUAAUGUAGUCGUAUGGUGAUGUUUGCUGUAGGUCCACACUGUCGUCAUCGACAUGUUAGAAGAGUGUUGUGUGUUAACUAUUUGUGUGGAUUCUGUCCUGAAGGAAAGCAAUGCAAAUAUAUGCAGUAAGUAGAACAAUAUUACUAACCACUGACAAAAGAUCUUCCCUGCACAUUCCAGGCUUCAAAGAUAUUAACCCAUUUUGAGCAACUAUGAUAAAUACCCAUGGAUAUUUACAUUAGCUUGUGUAAUAACUACAACUCAUUCAUCUUUCAGUCCAAGAUUUGAACUGCCUGUGAGCACAGAUUACCCUGACAUUAUGAUGAAAAAAGUGAUCUGUCAUCGAUGCUUUCAACCUGGACAUAAAAUAUCUACAUGCCCUUUGAAUACUCAACCCGAAAUACUACGUCCACCGGUAAUUCCUCAUUCUGACUUGUAUUCUUGUCUUGUAUGUCUCUGUCAGUUGUUUCCAUAUGUUCAGUAAGCAUCAUCUUUUAUUGACCUGGCGUUACUAAAGGAGGAAACUGCAGGAAACCUGUAGGUUUGCCACAGUGAAAGCACUCUUCUCACAUGUGACUGAAGUGAAAUUAUAUUAAACCAUUGAGCCACAAUUCUCCCCAGUGUGCCCUACUUUUUUUUUACUUGUCUAAUGCCAGACAAUAUUACUUGUCGGUGGGGAAGCUCUGCAGCUUAAUGGGCCUGCGCCCUACUUUUUUUUUUACUUGUCUAAUGCGGCAAUGCCAGACAAUAUUAUUUGUCAAUGUGGAAGCUCUGCAGCUUAAUGGGCCCAUGUGCCCUACUUAUUUUUUUUACUUGUCUAAUGUGGCAAUGCCAGACAAUAUUACUUGUCAAUGUGAGUGGGCCCAUGUGCCCUACUUAUUUUUUUCACUUGUCUAAUGCAGCAAUGCCAGACAAUAUUACUUGUCAAUGUGGAAGCUCUGCAGCUUAAUGGGUCCAUGUGCCCUACUUAUUUUUUUUACUUGUCUAAUGUGGCAAUGCCAGACAAUAUUACUUGACAAUGGGAAAGCUCUGCCGCUUAAUUAAUGGGUUAAUCAGAUAUCUGUAUAUCACAGGAAUGGAACCUCAGUCUGAGGUCAAUAACACAUGCACUAAUGACCAACACCUCUUCUUAUUUUGAUGUUUUUACUUGAUAUUUUCCAGGGAAUGGUGCCAGGUUUCCAUAAUCCACAUUUCAUUCCCGGUCCAGCAACAGCCAACGUUCAGAUUCACAUCCGGCCCGCAGCAGAUGGGUCACAGCCCAUGCCACGACUUCCCUGGAGACCACUGGAAACUGUCACAUGUUUUAAGGUAAUUGCUCUAAUUAAUUGUUCCAGGGUGUUAGCUACAGUCAAAAAUUCCGCGUUACAUGGUUUUCCCAAUUACCUUGAGGUUGCAAUUUCCCAAAUUGGGUCAGCCAAAAAAUAGUUAUAGAAAUUCAAUGUUGUUAUAUAAUACGCCAUUAAAAACAUGUUUAUAACUACAUUUGCUCAAAAUUACUCCCAAAAUGCGGGAAAUGCCAUUUCAAAGAUACAAAAAUUUUAAAAAUCGAGAGGGGGCAACCGCAUGCCCCCAGACCCCCCACAAAGAAAUGCCUAGUCUCCUAUGCAGAUCUACUUUAGCGGGUUUGGGCCUGCCACGUACGGUCUGCUUACUUUGGCUAGCAAUUUGCCUUCCCAUUGUAUUCCAUUAGCCAAUAGCAUUCAAAUACACUAGACAACGCCCACUUUGAAUGUCAACUGUAAAGUGUAAACAAGGAGCGUGCGAUAAUCGAAUAAUGUACGCUAUAUAUACAUAUUUAAAUGGCCAUAAAUGUGAACAGAUCGAGUUUUUUUUAUCAAUAGCAGUCGAAGUAGAAAAUAUUGAAUAUAUUUCCAACGAAUGUACGCGAUAGGUCGAAGGCUUAAAUGUAUAUAAAACUAUUCACUGGUAAUAAUUGUUUUGAACUUGACGCGACUGCGUGACGGCAUGUAUAUUCAAUAUAUUAUAUUGUAUACUAUAAGUUUCCGAACGUUCAAUAUCAGAGCGACUUUUGUAAUUACGAUUUUAUUAAACUUUAUAAACUGGCUAGUCAUAUACAAACUUAGAAACCGAAAUGUGCAAUGAAUCAAUUCAGUAUUUUAUAUAGGCUGGAUUCUGUAUUAUAAAUUUUCAUGCAAUUAGUAUUUAUAAAUCUAUGAUCUACACCUGCAGUAUUAAAAUGUACACUGUAACUUUAUAACUUUGUCUUGACGUCUUUGUCCAGUAUAUUAACCGUGUCACAGUAACACCUGCAAACGCUUGUAAAGUAAUAAAAACAUCGCGAAAUAUUUUAGGUGAUAUUGUUCGAGUUUUAAUACUACACUGUCUAGUCUGUCUGUUCAAAACAAUAGCUCGAUAAAUUCUAACAGUAUUUCUGUAUUUCAAUUCUAACAAAUUCCAUAUUGUAAAUUUGUAGACUGGUAUAUAUGUAUAACAAAUCACAAAUCUCUCAGCUCUCGCAGAUAAUCGGUUUAAGAUAUGAAUACGUACAAAUGUAGAUAUGAAAUGUUCAAAAUUGUUCAAAAUGUUCAAAAUGUUUUGGACAACUCAAGGUCAAAGGUCUCAAGCCCCACAAUUUUCGUGGGUAAAGCUGUGAUUGGCUAAUUUUGAGGAAAGGAAUUCUUGGCCAAAGUAAGCAUACCUUACGUGAGGGCUCAGCCCGCUAAGUAGGUAUGCGUAGGAGACUAAGAAAUGCCCAGCUUCAGGCUAAAAUAAAUUUCCCAAUUUUUCAGGUAAGGCUUAUUAAAAUAAUAUUUCUUUUUUUCAUCAUUUGUUUGGAAUAGAAUUGGGGCAGGCGGGCAGAAUUUUUUUUCUUUUUAUACUCAUUUUUUUCUUUUUAUCAUUGUUCAGAGUAUAGCAUUAUCUGCCACUCUUGCGCCUAUCCAGGGCUUCAAAACCUGCGCACCAGAUCUAAUUUGCGUAACAAUAAAUGGCAUGCUUGACUUAUUAUGAAAGUAUUAUGAAAAUAUCAAAAAGGACAGUGCAUCAUGGCGCCCACUGCUCGGUAUCCGAUUAUUUUCCGACGGCUCCUGACAAAAACCGAGAAUAUUUUAAAAAAAAUUUCGGGCAGCCAAAUUUUCAGGGGCAGGCGGCGAUGUAGCCUGUGCACAUCCUGUAUUACCCUGUACUACAGUAUUACUGUAGUACAGGGUAAUACAGGAUGUGCACAGGCUAGCGGCGAUGAAAAACAGAAAUAUUUUUUCAAUAGGCCUUAUUGCAUAUUUUUUUUUACUUCUGGCUAACACCCUGUGUUCUAAUGUGUCUUCCAAUGCUGGAAUUAUAAUGCUGUCAUUUGUUCUGUGACUUGUGGUGGCUUUAGUAAAAUUCAGUGCCCAAAUUUAUUUGUGUUCUAGUGUGGUGAAAAAGGCCAUUAUGCAAACAAGGUACCAUGUCUUGAUUGGUUGAGAUUGCUGUUACUUGACUGGCUAUGUUUCAUUUCUCAAUCACUUCAAUUUCUUGUUUUUAUAGUGUACCAAGUCAAAAGCAGAUCUACUGAAAGUAUAGUAAACAGUUUGUCUGGUGCAUACUGGAUUGGUUGUGAAAGGUACAGACUACUAGAAAAUUGUUGAAGCCUGUGUGUUGUAAAUACUGUCCAUUAAGGCAGAAGAUAUCAGACUUCAACAAAAAUGACAAUUAUAGUACGAAGCAUACAUAAAUGUUUUAUUACAUUGCAUUGGUGCAUUGCUUUAGUAGUUAUCAACAAAAAGUCAACUAAACUGUCCACAAUAUGCAACAGAUGGCAAGUUGUUGAAAGGGACAUAACAAUGUCAUUCUUGCUAAAAUCUCUGAACAGCUGAGAUGAAUAAUUGUUACUGGUUGUAUGUAAAAAAGUUUUGAAUCAAAACGUACAAGGAACUACAAGAAUACAUGGAUUAUUUAAAUAUAAUUUGUAUUUCUCAAACAUACUACAGUCUAUACAUUAAAAUAAUAAAUAUGAACACAAAUAACUAUUUUAUCAAUUGUCCUCGUGCAUUGAGUGUUUACGCCAGAAAUCUUCAACUUUGAAAUUGAUUUCACAUUCUUCCUAAGGAGAAAAUAAUUUAUGUAAUCAUUAUAGUCAGUUAUAACCAUUCAUCAAUUUUUUCUUUGAUUAGAAAAGACGUAUAAUUUGUACAAACCGUCUGAACUAAUUGAAUAUUUAAUGGCGUACCUCUCUCAUAUCUCUCUGAUAUUGUCUUAGUUCUUGCACUUC